ACGGACCUACCCACUCACUUCCGCCCGCUCCGGCCGCUAGAGCAGGCCAAGCUAGCUCUUCCUGCUGCCGCCACCGCCAACUUUGCUCCACGCCGUCGCCGCCGCCGACAAAUGAAGGGACCCUAGCGUCGCUGAUCUCGCCGUCCGCCCACUCACACUUCCGCCCGCUCCGGCCGCUAGAGCAGGUCAAGCUAGCGCUCUUCCUGCCGCCACCGCCAACUUUGCUCCCCGCCGCCAAGAAAUGAAGGGACCCUAGCGUCGCUGACCUCGCCGUCGGCCCACUCACACUUCCGCCCGCUCCGGCCGCUACAGCAGGUCAAGCUAGCUCUUCCUGCCGCCACCGCCAACUUUGCUCUCCGCCGCCAAGAAUUGAAGGGACCCUAGCGUCGCUGACCUCGCCGCCGGCGCUGGGACAAAUCGCAUCAGGCAUUCAGGGUCGGCCUCCUUCCAACACCGAAUCCUUUUCGGUCCGAGUGAAUUUAAGUGGUUAUCAUCAUGGGUCUUAUGCGUCGGCUAAUGGGAAAGCCUAAACGAAAAGAUGAGCAUUAUAUUUCCCUCCAUGAUGUACGAGAAGCGACAAACAAUUUCAAUGACGAAAAUGUCAUUGGAAGUGGAGGGUUUGGGAAGGUUUAUCGAGGAUAUUUGAAAGAUGGGACCGAGGUGGCUGUGAAGCGAAGGGACAAGGAUUCACGUCAAGGAGCAGAAGAAUUCGAAUUCGAGAAGGAGCUGCUGUUCAGGCUGGAACACCCCAAUUUGGUUUCUCUGAUCAAGUACUGCGACGAAAAGGGUGAGAUGAUCUUGGUUUAUGAGUACAUGAAAGAAGGUACUCUACAGAGCCAUCUGUAUGGCUCCAAUAAGCCUCCACUCAGCUGGGAGCAGCGGUUGGAGGCUUCGACGGGAGCAGCGAAGGGGCUGAACUAUCUGCAUUCCAAUGGCAUUAUCCACCGUGAUGUCAAGUCUUUAAACAUCUUGCUGGAUGAGAACCUCUGCGCCAAGAUGGGUGACCUGGGCAUGUCAAAGGCAGGUCCCGAGUUGGACAAAACUCAUGUCAGCACUCGAGUGAUAGGCACCAUUGGCUAUCUUGAUUUACAAUAUUGGAUGACGGGGCAUCUGUCAGUCAAGUCUGAUGUUGGCUCUUUUGGAGCCGUCCUGCUAGAGGUGCUAUGUGGCAGGGCAGUGAUUGACCACAGACUUUCAGCGGAGAAGGUGAACUUGGUAUGCUGGGGAAAGAAAAUGCUGGAGGAAGGGAAUGUGGCCGAAAUCGUCGACGAGAAGAUUCGAGACACAACCCACCCGCAUAAUCUGGCCAUGUUUGGCAGCAUUGUGUUAAGGUGCCUGGCAGAAGAGAACGCGGAGCGGCCAACGAUGGAAGAGGUGCUCAGAGACCUGGAGUGGGAGCUGGGCAUGGUUCGUGCUGGAAACCCACCAGAUGAGUCUGUCCAUGGCAGCGCCAGUGUGGCUGCUGAAAACUCGGGUGAGUCUGGUCAUGCCGCCGUCUCUUCUCAGGAGAAGAAAGUCAAAGCUUUGGAACGGUCCCAAGGUAAAACUUACGAGAGAAGUCCAAGCGUAUCUCAUGAACUCUCCGCCACAUCCACGAGCCGUGCGGCCCGCCUGUCCGGAAGUCGAUUCCUGCAGGGUCGCAAUGGCAAUGCCAUGAAGAUGAAAGGUCCUGUCGAGCUCGAGAGCAUCAGUGAAGACGAGAACUGUUUCUGAUCAUGCAUCAAUUCUCUCCUCAGCCAACCGAUUCGAGGGAUCGGAGGGGUGAUCUGCGUUGCUUUUCUUUUCUUUUCUUUUCUUUUCUUUUCUUUUUUGUGUCGUCAAUUCUAGCUACUAGAUGGUGGGCUCUGCUCAGGUUGAACUAGUACUAUCUUGUAUAGAUAUGGAGAGCCCUAUAAUGUGCGUGCAUCAAUUGUGUCAUAGCUUGUCGCGGCACAUCAUGUAAAAUAGCGAUUUGCGCCGUAGAUUACACUGUUUGCAGAGUAAGGUUUAAAAUAACGGAUCAGAUAGAGGAUGUGACAGGAUAGCUGUUGGAGGCAGCCUAAAUAUGUUUUGCUGGGUAGCGGCAGAUACAGAAGUCUAUGUUGUUGGGUAUGGCAUGGUUGAUAAAUAAUAUAGUUUCCUAUAUUUUG